AUGGAUCUCACGGGUAAUGGUAGAGGUGAUCAAGUUAGAAAAUUGGGAGAGUAUGUGCGGAUAGGAGCUAGUAAGCAAGAAAAGCUGAGCAGAGAUAGGCAGAGAUUCACCCCUACGCACAUCAGGCUAGGAUUUGAUUGGAUCCAAAAAGCAGUGUCAGUUCGGGUGGUUAGGAUAGAACAUGGAUAUUCAAGAAGGCAAGAAAUUGUCUUACAAGCUUUCAUGGGACGAUAUACAACCUUGGGACAAUUAGAAGAAGCUCAUAUGGAAAGAGAUUUACGCAAAACUCCGCGUAUGUACGAUACAGUUUCAGAUUUCUAUGUAGGAUGUUUUUUCUCUCCACCACCACCAUCAUCACCACCACCACCCACCCCUUCUUGA